AUGUAUACAAUGAAAUCAAUUGCUGAUUAUAUUGUUUUAGAUCGAAGUAAAAUGAUUGAAAUCGAUAUAAAUUUAUUAAUGUCUUUUUUUUGGUUAUCUAUAUCAGCUGGUAUAUUAGUACCAGGUAUAUGGUUAUUAAUUGAUGGUAAAACAAAUUUAAAAUUCAUUAAUAUUAUUCUUCAACGUUUUUAUCUAUUUGGUAAAUUAAAAAAUGAAAAUAGAAAUAAGAAAAAUUUCUUUGGUGAUGUAUCAAAAUCAUAUUUUCUACAUUUUUAUAUUAUUGGUCUAUUAAUAAAUAUACCGUUAUUUCUUUUUUAUCGAUUAUCAUUGUGUUUAUUUCUUAUAUUUAUUUGUCAUAUGUUUCGACGUUUAUAUGAAUGUAUAUAUAUACAUAAAUUUGGUCAAAAUUCAACAAUGAGUUUUAUUCAUUAUCUUGUUGGAUUAAUUCAUUAUCCAUUUGUUGGUUUAACAAUAAUAAUUGAUGAUAAAUAUGCAUAUAAAAAUAUUUCUAUAUUAAAUUAUUGUUUAUCAUUAUUAUUAUUUAUUAUUUCAAGUUACAUUCAAUAUUAUGUUCAUUUAACAUUAGCAAAAAAUCAUCGAACAAUAAAUGAAUAUUAUCCUAUACCAAAUGGUUAUUGGCCAUUUGAAUAUUUUUCUUGUCCAAAUUAUAUAGCAGAAAUUUUUAUUUACAUAUCAUUUUUAUUUGUUAGUCAUCGUACAUCAUGUUUUAUGUCAUUAAUAAUAUGGGUUAUUGUUAAUCAAUGUCUUUCAGCUUUAUUAAGUCAUCGUUGGUAUUGUCAACAUUAUGGUCAAAUGUAUCCAUCGAAAAGACGCGCACUUAUACCAUUUAUUCUGUAA